AAAAAAUUGUAUAUAUUUUAAAUUUAAAUUUUAAGUUAUUAAUAUAUUAAUUUAUGAGUUCACUGAUAGUCGAGUUUUACCCAAGUGGAAUUUUUCCUAACAUAACUGAAUGCUGAACCCUUGUUGAGCUCUUUUUAAUACUUCAAGACUGGUAUAAAAAAAGAACAGAAAAAUUAAGAUUAGUUGAUGAAACCCAAAUCAUUUGUUUAACAAAUUUUUAGGUAAGAGGAGAGAUAUAAAGAUUUGAACCUAAAUGUUUGGUUUAGUUGGUCAGCAAUUGUGCUAAUGGAGAAACCAAAAAUCAAUUUACUAUGCCAAAUCCAUGGAAAGUAAAAAUCACAAAGACAAUAAUUGUCUCUGAUUUUAUGCAAGUUCAUUACCUUAAGUCUUCACAAGCUAAAGACAAAUGAAUAUGCAAAUAGCCCAUCAACAGAAAAUGGAUUUUCAUAAAUAAAUAAAUAAAAAAAAAAAGUACAAAAAUGGCACAAAAACAAACAGCCCCUUAUGUUUUCUGACCGUUACACCUUGUGGACCCACAUUCCCACUCUAAAAAUUCAAAUAAUCAAAAAGCAACAGAAUCCUUUCUCCAACGGCUCCUCCUCCUCCUCGUGCCAUUUGAAGAACCACCACCAUCACCGCUAAGCUCCAUCAGACCCCUUGUCAAUUUCUUCACUCUCUCCUUCAUCUAACAAACUCCCAACUUAAAGUUCCAGAAAUCUUGUUCAAAUUCCAAAAAAAAUCUGCUAUAUUGUAGCACUUAAGUCGCUCAUAAAUGGAUUCAACACCACCUUCUCAUAGAUCAAACCCCAACUCUCAAACAAAAUCAGCUUCUCGUUUAGCAAGAAUCACCUCUUCUAUAGAUAAUGAAGAAUCUUUACGUUCAUCUUUAGACCUUAUCCUUUCUCCAGCGCCAAAAAGGACCCCAUCAACGCCCUCAAAUUUGUCUCUCAAAUCUUGCACCAAUUCUCUUCCUUUCCAUGAACUUCUCCUUCUUUCACCGUCUCCUUCAAGAAAAUCAAGAACCCGUCUAGCAGACCGGCUUGACAUAGCUGAGGAGGCAGCUAUGGAGCCAACUGGGUCUCGUAGAAGAUGCAAAAGCAGGACAGCUCAAUUGGGUUCACCAAGAAUUAGUAGAAGGUCAAGAAGAAGAUCAGAAAUGGAGAUAAGAGAAGAGAAAGAUUUGUUGGGUUUGGUAGAAGAGAUUGGUAAGGCGAGGAAAAGAAGACAUAGUGGUCGUUCUAAGAAGGAAAAGCUCUCUUUGGUUCCUUCAUUACCUUCUUCAAAUCCUUCUCCAAUUGGUGAUUGUGAUGGAGGCAAUUUGAACAGAAUUGGGAGGAUGAUUUACGAUUUGAUAAUGUGGAAAGAUGUGGCAAAAUCAAGUCUUUGGUUUGGUUUUGGGUGUUUGUGUUUUCUGUCUUCUUGCUUUGCUAAAGGGAUUAGCUUCAGUAUUUUCUCUGCCAUUUCCCAACUCGGCCUCUUGUUUCUGGGUGCAUCAUUCAUCUCCAAUUCGAUAUGUCAAAGAAAUAAUGUUGAAAGUAGAUGUAACUUUAAGCUGAAAGAAGAGGACAUCCUGAAACUGGGUAGAUUAAUACUACCACCAGCUAAUCUUGCAAUUUCAAUGGCAAGAGAGCUUUUCUCAGGAGAACCAUCCAUGACCCUCAAAGUAAUUCCAUUCUUGCUUGUUGGAGCCGAGUACGGUCACCUUAUAACUAUGUGGAGGCUUUGUGCAAUUGGGUUUUUCAUUGGCUUCACUAUCCCCAAGUUAUAUUCAUGUUAUUCCAGUCAGAUAAACCAAAAAGUUGAUUAUGCGAGAGGCCGGGUGCUGGACGCAUGGGAAGCUUGCUCUCACAAGAAGAUUGUGGCAGCAUCAGCUAUCACAGCCUUCUGGAAUAUGUCUAGUGUCAAAACCCGCAUUUUUGCAGCAUUUAUAUUUUUGGUGAUCCUACGCUGCUGCCGGCAACAUAUGAUACCAAAUCAAGAAGAAGGGCAAGCAGAAGAAGGGGAACAAGGGCAGCAGCAGCAGCAGCAGGAAGCAGAAGAAGGGGAACAAGAGCAGCAGCAAGCUCUGGUGGUGGUCGCAGGAGUACUGACCACCAAGAAGUAAUGGAUUUUGAUACUUCGGAUUACUAACACCAAUGAUUAUAUGUUUCCUUUGAGCAGAUAGACAAGAGGCAAGCAUCAUGUAUUGGUCUACUAUAUAAUAACUAACAGUUGCGACCAUAAAAGUGGUUAGUUUUUGUCCAGAGUGUACAAAUAAUGAAGGGCUUGUAUUUCUUUUAUUUCCAGUGUCCAUACCAAGAAUAUGAAUAGAACUUAGAAUUGAAAUCUGAAA